GGCGCUGCUGUGCGUGUUUCCGGAAGACGUGGCUGUUGUGUCCAGCCGGUUUUUUCCCCUGGUUCCCGGUCACCCCUCAGGACUCCGCCAUCAUGAUCUCCCUUACCGACACCCAGAAGAUCGGGAUGGGCCUAACCGGCUUCGGCGUCUUCUUCCUCUUCUUCGGGAUGCUGCUCUUCUUUGACAAGGCUCUGCUUGCCAUAGGAAACGUUCUGUUUGUGGCUGGUCUGGCGUUUGUCAUCGGGCUAGAGAGGACGUUCCGCUUCUUCUUCCAGAAACAUAAAGUAAAAGCCACUGCGUUCUUCCUCGGGGGAGUGUUUGUGGUGCUUAUUGGCUGGCCCCUCAUUGGGAUGGUCCUGGAGAUCUACGGCUUCUUCCUGCUCUUCAGGGGAUUCUUCCCGGUGGUGAUCGGCUUCAUACGGAGAGUCCCCAUCCUAGGAUCCAUCCUGAAUCUACCUGGGAUCAGCUCGCUUGCAGAUAAAGCCGGAGAGAGUAACAACAUGGUGUGAGUGAGCGGCGCUGAAGGCGGAGUCAUCUGGACACCACACUAAAUAGCCUGUUACGCUCGCUCGUAGCCAUUUCUGAACUUUAUUCAUCAUGUCCGGUGGGCGGAGCCAAAAAAGUCAUUGAAGUUCAUGGACAAAUCUUUAUUUACAAGAUGCUGUGUUUUUUUUUUAUUAUUCGUACAUGAGUCUGUCUGAGGCCGCAGAAUCCGUGGCGCCUGCGCCGUCUGCUGUAUCCUGCACGGAGGACCGAAAAGGAAAAAAAAAAGGAAUUUUUAUUUAUGGAAGAGCAGAAAAAAAUCAGCGACACUCCUGUUACUGCUGCUUCCCAUGAAAUGCAAGGACGCUGCGUUGUAUUUGGACAUUUUUAAGACUCGAAAGAAAAUGGAUUUAUAGAAAAAAAAAAAUCAGGUCAUUACUGUGGGAAUAAACCGUUUUGUAAAUAU